AAAACUAUAAGCAAACCUAAAUAAUCCUUUUUUAUUAAUUCUAAUUAUGAGUACCAAUGCAGUUGAAAAUUUUGAGGAGUUAGAUUUUAUAAAAUUACAGUAUGACUUGGAAGCUAUACAUAAGCAGGAAACUGUAUUGGAAAAAUUUAAUAGAAAGUUUAAGGAAAAUCCAUUUGUUCCCAUUGGAUGCUUGGCCACAGCUACUGCUUUAGUUGUUGGUCUGUGGAGUUUUAAAGCAGGGAAAAGGAAAUUGUCACAAUACAUGAUGCGUACCAGAAUAUUAGCUCAAGGAUUUACAGUGUUCGCAAUUGUUCUCGGUAUUGGUAUAUCUGCCUCAAAAAAUGCUAAUCCUGUUCAUAAGUAAAUUAUUUGUAUAUUUCCCACGUGGAUGUAGUGUACAUUUAAAGUAAAUACUUGUUUGUAGUCA